AGCAUUGCAAAGCCAUCACAACGUUGAUGACUGUGUACGGACUACGGUAAUUCACUGUAGAAAACGUGCGGAAAUCCACAAUUUCGAUCCCCAAAUCCUCUAAAUCAUCAACAAUGCCAUAUCUGGAAUGUACAGGUUUUUAGUGUUAGUCCCGUAGUAGCCUACAUCAGUGCUUGAUUUCGCAAACUUCGUCGCAAAGCGAAGGAAAUCGUCGCAACAUUCUGGAUUUUGGGAGGAUUAGUCUAGCGAGUCCCAACGUGGUGCUGUCGGCGGGGCGAAGCAACAUGAUGGCCCGUCGAGGAUCCAUGGUGCCCACGUUCCUAGUCAUACUCGGAUUGUUAUUCUUGGGAUACGUGGGUAUGUCCUAUUGGCAGGUCCGUAAGGCACUAGAAGAGACGAAAAUCAAGGCUAGACAGCAUCAGCAGCAGCAGGAAUCACUGACUGCACAACUACAAGUUGUUUAUGAGCACAGAUCAAGGUUGGAGAAGAUUUUACAAAACGAAAAAAGCGACCACAAAAAUACAAGAGAAGAAUAUGAAGAUAAAUUAGAAAAACAAAAGAAAGAGUCCCUAAACCGAUACAAUGCAAUCAAUAUUCAACACAAGAUGCUGCAGACGCAACAUCAAGAUAUAAAACAAGAAUUAGAGGAAGUCAAGCAGCAGCACAGCGAUGCAGUGGUGCGGCAUGAGAGAGAGAAAUAUGAGCACGAGGAAAACUUGACACGUUUACAGCAAGAGCAAGAAGACGAAGUUCACAACUUGAGAAUUCAACUUGCAUCAGCUCAGGAGGAAUUAAACAGAGUGCGAGGCCAACAUGAGGAAACAGCAGGUGUUCUACGGCAACGGGAGCAAGAUGUUAGUAAUGCUCAAACAGAGAGACAACGAUUGGAAGAGCACAUUGCCCAACUGCAGGCCAACAUCGGACAGUAUCAGACUGAAAACGAACAACUUGUUAACGAACAUAAAAAUCUACAACAAAAAGCUAAGGAAUACAGACAACAUAUAGAUCAAUUGAGCCAGUUGAAUAGAUUCAAAGUAGGCAACCCACAGCAGCAGCAGGUCAAUCCUGAAGAUCAGCAGCAACAGCAGCAGCAGCAACAGCAACAACCAGUGGACCAACAACAGGUGAAUCAACAACAACAGGUGAAUCAACAACAACAGGUGAAUCAACAACAACAGGGGAAUCAACAACAACAGGGGAAUCAACAAAAGCUGCAGUUGGACCCCUCACAACACAGAGUGUACAUCAAACCACAACCUGAACUUGGAACAUUUGACAAAGUCAGACAACAGGAAUUAUUAAAACAACAGUAUGCAGCAAGACGACAGCAGUAUUUGCAACAACAGAGGCAGCAGCAGCAACAAUACGAUAACCAGCAGCAACAGCCACAGCAGCAGCCACAGCAGCAAUAUGCUGGCCAGCAACAGCAGCAGUAUCCAAACCCACAGCAACAGUAUGUAAACCAACAGCAAGUGUAUCAACCGCAGCAGCAACAACAAGCUGGCCAGCAGCAGGCUUAUCAACAACAGCAGCCUCAAGAACAGCAGCAGCAACAGCAGAUUAACAACAAAGCUGAAGCUAGCAAAGACACCAUCAAGGAUCUACUUAAGAAGAGGGACCAAGAGCAACGCUAUUACCAACAGCAGCAGGAGUUGCUACGAAAAUAUCAACUCAAACGGCAACAAAACCGAGCCGAUCGACAAAAGAACCGCGACGCGAAGCAGCAGCAACCAGGUCAGGUCUUUCAUCAAAACAAGCCCAACGAUGAGGAUGACUUGAAGCAAGUUGAGGAGGACAAGACUCGCAGAGAGCAGGAGGAACGUCGCAGGGAGGAGGUAGAACGACAACAGAGAGAAGCUCUGGAGAACCAACAACGUGUCCUGGAGGAGCAGAAGAUGAGAGAUGCACAGGAUGCAGAGAGACAACGACAGGCUCAAGAACAACAGGAGCAACCUGAUGAUGCUGGUGAAGACAAGCAGGAUGAGGCAGAACGAGGAGAGAGACAGGAGAGAGAUGUCGGUGAUGCAGCAAGGGACGACGCCCAGCAACGGGAUGACUGGGAACAAAACAGACAUAACCUCUUCAACAGACAAGACGACAUGCGAAGACAGGGCCAAGUAUUCAAGCAGCAGCAAGCGCAAGACAAGGAGACUGAUGACCAAGCGGAGGCAGAGAGGCAGAGAGCAGAGCAAGAAGCACAGCAGCAGGUUGCCAUACAGCCCCAGCAAGGUGAAGAGGAGGAUGACGGUAGGAACGAAGGAGAGGAAGAUUACGCUGAUAAGAUGCAGAAACAGAGAGAACAAGAGAUGAGAAGAGAGCAGCUCAAACGCUUAAGACAAGGCAAAGCAGAUGACAUGUUUGACGGGAAUAGAGGAGGCGCACCCCAGAGGCAUGACCAAUGGGAUGAGGAGCAACAGGAGAUUGAUCUCAACGAGGAGGAAGGUGACGAUACUGACGAUAAACAAAGUCAUCAUGAUGAUAGAGAUGACAGCAAUGUUGACAAAAACCCUGGGGAUGGCAUCCAGCUGCAAGCACCAGCAGACCACAUCGGUGAUGUAGACAAUCCAGACGUAGAAGAUCAGCAAGUACAAUUACCCGACCCUCAAGGUUUAGUUCCAGCUCACCAGCAAGAUAAUGCAUAUAUGAAUCAGUGGAAAGCGCCACCAGAAAGACAUUUAUCAGUAGAUGAUAACCGAGAUGUAGAAAGUGAAGAAAAUGAGAGAAGAGAUGAAAAGCAUCUAGAAGGAGGAGACGCUAUUCACAGGGGACGUGAAAUGUGAUAAGACCGGAACCCUUAAGAAGAUAAUCUUGAGAUGCACAGAAGAUGUUGGUAUUGUUGCACACAGUGAUGAGUUGCUAUGGAAAUAUUUCCACUUGCCUCAAUUGCCUUAGAUGUUUAAUUUAUGAAUGUUGUGGGAGAGGUUAAAACAAAAGCAAUACAAUCCUUAAGGUGUUGGCUAAAACUCAAAAUUGUCCUCUACUUUUCAACUUCAAAGCUUUGUCUUUGACAUAAAGGGUGGAGCUCAUGAAGAGAAAAAAGGUGUUUUUACUUAAUAUUGAGAUACUUGACAUUUUUGGUGGGAUAUGGAGUUCCUUUUUCCCUUUUUCUUUCAAAAAAUAAAAUAUUGAUUGAUCAUAGUUUCCCAAAUAGUGGUUUGUUUCAAAGAAACAUGAACUAAAACAUGCUUCCGGUUGUAAGGGGAAAUACAGCACACUUGUACUUAUUGUGGAUGAUGUACUUGACAUUUUUUUCUAAUAAGUUCUUUGGAAGUGGCAUUAUUAAGUUAAAUUACUUUCUUUGAGAAAAAAGGACCAAAGAGACACUGUUUUGUCUUUUGGGAUCUUGGAAUCAUUUUCUGAAAACUGCCAUUUUAGUUUAAUAGUUUUAACAGCCGUUUUGUUUAAUAGUGUCAUAUUUGAAACAUCUUUCAACAAAUUUUGAUAUUUAAUACAUCAUUAAAUAUGGGGAAGUGUUAUGACAUUUGUAUGUUAUUCUGCUUUUGACGCGACGAUUUCGAAAAAAGAAAUUGAAAAUAAUCAGCAUUUUUCAAUUAUACCAUAAAUGAAUUUAUAAAAUGUAAGCUUCUCCGUAUCUCAAAUUAUUUCACCUAAUGAAACAAAUGCAGCUUAAGCCUUAAUGAAUUGUAAUCUUUCAUUCAGAUGAUGUUUUUUAAUAGGAUGGAUAAUUUAAAUGCUAACUAAAUGUAGACACAUAGUAAUACUUAAAAAAUAAAAAAAAAGUUGUAGAUAUUUUUUUAAAUUUCAUUCCAGUUUUGUCCUAAUAAUUUACUUUCUUUUUAAUUCCUCUAAUGAACAUUAACAUUAACAUAUUUUUUUUUUAGUAAGCCCUGCAUCACUUACUCUAAUUUGAGCAAUUUUAUCUGAACUUACAGGCUGUAUUUGUUGUGGAUUUCAUAUCGGUAUUUGCAUGUUUAGCAACAAAACCAACAUCUCAAGUAGAUCGUUGCUUUGUUUACAACUAGAAAAGUGAAUGUCUGUUUCUGUUUGUACCCGAUCAAAAUAUGACACCUUAACUAACAAAGUAUUUGGUGCAUCAGCUGUACACAAACAGUCAGUCAAUUUGGCGUGUACCCUUAACCCAAAUAGCACGGCAGAUAGGUGAUGGGAUUGUGCCUUUGAUGAUACAAGCAUGUCAUUUGGCACACAGUCAGAGAAGGUCAUGAUAAAGAUGGUUUAACCAUAGGCCAUGCAGAUUUGUCCUUUGAAAAACAAUAUGGGUAGAAUAACAAGCAAUUUUCUAAAUUUUCAAAAACGGCUGCAAUUGCUUGUUAUUCUACCUAUGUUUUUUCAAAGGACAAAUCUGUGAUGGCCCUGUAGCCAGAUAUCUUUCUCAUGACAUACUCUGACUGUGUGCCAAAUGCCAUGGUUGUAUUAUCGAAGGCACAAUUCCCCAAAAUAUUUCCCCUAUUUGUCCCACUAUAUGAUGCACCUGACUUAGUAAGUAAAGCAAGUUAAACUAAGAAUAUAUUUUUCUAGCGCUUAUGCUUAAAUGCUGUGUAGAUAACAUUUUACUUCACUUUGUUUUCAGUUGUGAGGAUACUAUCUUUUUUCAUUUGUUGUUUUUGGUUAGAUUAUCUUAGAGUUUCAUAGGUCUAGCCUUUUCUUAACAUUUACAAUGGGAAACAUAUUUUGCUCUGUUUCCUUAUUUUCAAUUAUAUCUUAAGAAGAUCAGCAUGAAUUCUGUACAAGCCAACUUAAGAAAGUAGUUGAGAAAAUUGUGAUAAAGUAUUAAAGGGUGUAGCAUACAAUUUUGUAUGAUUAUUAAUUGUACAUUUUAUUCAGAGCAGUCGGUUUACAUCUCUUUGAUAAUAUUUUCUUUUCCAUCAUAAAACUUUUUUUUUGCAGUAUUCGUAAAAUGUUAGACCUCAAUCACUUAUACCAAUUGUUUGUAAUAAUUUUAGUGGCAGGUCAUGACAGUGUUAACUCGGGCAUGAUAAAAGUGUUAUGAGAUAAGAAUGUAACUCGGUUGUUUUUGGUCGUAUAUGAGGGAUCUGCCUGCUCAACACCCUAAAAGUAGUUUUAACAUCUCUGCUUUUGUCUGAAAAUGGAUUUCAUUGAUAACUUACAAAACUGCAAAAAUGUACCAAAGACAAGAAUUUUACUUGCCUUUGUCCAGAGAGUGUUCUGUGAGUAAGUGUGUGCAACAUAUAUUCGAAGGCAUGGCUUCCGACGUCACCAGUAUCACUGAGCUACACAACGGACAUUGUACCUGUUAAUGACACUUCGGCUGGUAAAUCUAUUAAUUUUUUGCUAAGCAAAAGUAAAUAAUUGGCUGCUAAGCAAAUUGCUUAGCACGUAAUUGUCAAUUGCAGCUUUUGUUCUCAGGUCCACCGGCCAAUUUGCUCCUUUGUUUGUAGAGAAAACCUCUCUAUCUCUGGUUCUUUUGGUUUUAAGUUUCAAAAUUUCAUUUUUUGUUGUAAUCUAGACAACUCGCCUGUAAAUGACCAUCAUUCAUUGUAACAUAUACAGUGUUAAUGUUGUAUAGCCUUGAUAUUCCGACUUGUCUUAACUUCAUUUUAAUAAAGAAUUAUUUUUCUUGAGGAAA